ACUUCAUUCAAAAUAGCAAUGAGUGCCGUUCGUCCAUCAAAAGAAUCCGAAUACGAUUUGAACGAUCCCAAAACAAGGGAACUUUAUAUGAACUAUCGUCCAGAAUCUGCCACACCUGAGUGUAGAGGAUUUGAGCUGCUCCGAACUGCCAGAUACAAUAAGGGCAUGGCGUUCAAUUUGUUCGAAAGGCAAUUUUUGGGAGUUCACGGCUUACUUCCUGCCGCAUUCAUGACAAUAGAGCAGCAAGCAUAUCGAGUGAUGUCAAGACUGCGCCAACAACCCAACGAUCUUGCCAGGUACAUUCAGUUGGCCAGUCUUCAAGAUUUAAACGAGAAAUUAUACUACAAAGUGAUUUGCGACAACGUCAAGGAAUGCAUGCGCCUUGUUUACACUCCCACUGUCGGACUCGCAUGCCAAAAAUUCGGCUAUAUUAUAAACAACGCAAAGGGCUUAUAUAUCACCAUCAACGACAACAGUGUCCACAAAAUAUACCAAAUUUUAUCGAACUGGCCUCAGAAAGACAUACAGGCAAUUGUGGUAACGGAUGGAGAAAGAAUUCUUGGCCUCGGAGAUCUUGGCGCAUUCGGCAUGGGGAUACCCGUUGGCAAGCUAGCUUUGUAUGUAGCACUGGCCGGAGUACAUCCUGGACGCUGCCUACCGAUAACCCUCGAUGUUGGCACCAAUAAUAAGACAUUGCUCAACGACCCCUUCUACACGGGGCUAAGAAGAAAGCGAACACGUGGGCACGAAUAUGACACUCUAGUAGACAAUUUUUUGAAAGCGGUAGUCAAAAGAUUUGGACGCGAUACACUUAUUCAGUUUGAAGACUUUGGAAAUGCAAACGCUUACCGCUUACUGGACAAAUACAAGGAACAUUACUGCACCUUCAAUGACGAUAUUCAAGGGACGGCAGCCAUUGUCCUCGCUGGUCUGCUCACCACUUUGAGAGUGACCAAAAAGAAGCUAGCCGAUUAUAAGAUUUUCUUCUUCGGUGCUGGAGGGGCAAACACUGGAGUAGCCGAGCUGUGCAUUCGUCAGAUGGUUGACGAAGGAAUCUCAGAGAAAGAAGCGUGCUCGAAUAUAUUCUUGUUCGACAUUGAUGGACUUAUAACCACCAAUCGCUCGGAUAUAUCGCCUCGGCAUAAACGAUUUGCUAAGGACCUUCCCAACACAAAGGACUUACUGAAAGCGAUACAAUUGGCAAAACCACAAGCACUCAUCGGAGCUUCAACCAAAGGCGGCGCAUUCACUAAAGAAAUUAUCGAGGAGAUGUGCAAGCACAGCGAGCGACCGACUAUAUUUGCCCUCUCGAACCCAACGAAAAACUCGGAAUGCACAGCAGAAGAGGCUUAUAGAUACACAAAUGGAAAAGUACUGUUCGCUUCGGGGUCACCUUUUGAGAAUGUAGAAAUGAACGGAAAAGUCUACAAACCUGGUCAAGGAAACAACGCGUACAUAUUCCCUGGAGUGGGGCUAGGAUGUAUAUUAUUCAAAGCGAAACACAUUCCUGAUACAAUCUUUCUCCUAGCAGCCAGGAAAGUUGCGAGUUUGGUGACUGAGAAAUCGCUUUUCAAGUAUGCUCGAAUAUAUCCGCGUCUGAAGAACAUUCGCGAGAUAUCUGUACAAAUUGCCGUAGAGGUCGGAAACUACUUAUACAAACAGGAUCUAUCCUCUUUGGUUCCUGAACCAGAUGACAUGGAGAUGUACGUUCGAGUGAACGUCUAUUCCACAGAAUAUGAGGAUCUGAUCACGAAACCCUAUGAAUGGCCAUCACAAGACACCAAGCAGGGAUACCCAGUGCCAAAACUUGAGCGCUUAUCGAUGGAAGACGAGUAAUCUAAUAA